UCUUUUGAAUUUAUUCUCAUUGUCUUUUUCAUGUGAUUCUUUACUUUCAAUCCUGCAUUUAAAUUCCUCAUCAAGUUCUUUCACCAUCUAUAAACAUUGAAUGUGUAUUCCUUUCUAUUACAAAAGGGUUUGGCUGUCUUAAUUUAUGCACAUUUUUUUUAUUAUGAUUAGUGCUUUCUAUUUUUCUCGAACUGAUUGUGGUAUGGGCGCAAUCAUAUCUCGUCUUGCAAAGAGGUUUAUGCCACAGAGUAGAGUCAGGAUUCUGAUGUUGGGGCUUGAUGAUUCUGGAAAGACGACCAUUUUAUACAAGCUGAAGCUCGGAGAAAUUGUCACGACCCAUCCAACCAUUGGUUUCAAUGUGGAGGCUUUGGAGUACAAAAACAUUUGCUUCAGCUUAUGGGAUGUAGGAGGACAACAGAAGAUUAGGCCUUUAUGGAGACAUUACUUUGAGAAGGUAGAAGGAUUAAUCUUUGUGGUAGACACCAAUGACAGAGAAAGAAUCUCUGAAGCUCGGAACGAGUUGCAUCGGAUUUUAGGUGAUGGUGAACUAAAGGAUACAACACUGCUCGUCUUUGCGAAUAAGCAAGACUCACCGAAUGCUAUGCGUAUCGACGAGGUUGCUGAUAAACUCGGCCUGCACGCCCUUCGCGAACGGAGCUGGUUCAUCCAGAGCUGCUCUGCUAUGCUUGGUAAAGGACUGUAUGAGGGUCUAGAUUGGCUUUCCAACAUCUCAGACAAACCAAACCGAAAUGACCAAAAAAUUAAACUGAACCGAAUUGAAAAUCGUUGAUUCGGUUCACUAUUAUUAAUAAGUUUUUCAAUGAAAAUUCUUCAGAAUUCACACUGUAUGAUUAUGAUAUUCGAUAGUGUCGGCAUUCAGACAUGUCUCUUUCUCA